UUUCACAAAUUAUUUUGACAGAAAUGGCGGAAUAACAGUCUUAUCAAUAUUAUUAUUUUAAAUUAUUGUUUACACGGAAUGAACUUACGUUUAAUUUGACGUUAUAUAUUUUAAUUAAUUUGUAUUUUUCUAAAUACACUCCGCGCUACUCUUAUUCGUCUCGUCUUACUGACCGAAUUGCUAAAAGUGUAAUUCACGAAUUCUUUUGAACAUAUAUGUGCAUUGAUACAAUUUGAAGAAUGGGUGUUAAAAGGGUUAAAACUGCUCCAAAAGCUAAAUCUAAAGCCACGCCGAAAAAAGCCACCCCCUUGAAGAAGCUCGCCACUCCGAAAAAAGACGCGACUCCAAAAGUAAAACCGGUAACAAAGGCCAACAAUGUAGCUACUCCCAAACCGACGCCAGCGAAAAAGAAACCCGCUCCUAAGAAGAAGACUCCUCAGAAAAAAGCCGUCUCUAAUAACACACCGGCUAAGAAAGAAGUAAACAACACAGCUCCCUCCGCCAAUGAUGUUUCCGUUGGAGCGAAAGGAAAGAGGAAACGAGCCGCCCCAAAAAUCGAGAACGACGUGCCGGCUAAGAAAGUCGCUAAGGAAAAACCAACCCCACAGACUCCCGCUGCUGGUGGUAAAGCGCGUGGUAGAGGUCGCCCAGGCGCUAAAGCGAAUAACGUUGUAUCUAAAGUAGCUACUGUCCCGACGACACCGGCGAAAUUGCCCGAAACUACUCCAGCUAAGGCUACGAAUAAUACGGAUAAGAAACAAUCAAAACCCAAACAAGCUAAAAAGAGCCCAGCUAAAGCUAAGAAAGCUGUAUCGAAGACUCCUAAGAAACCUCGGGUCAGCGCGGGAAAACUUGAAAGUGCAAAAGUAUCUAAGGCGAAAACAACUGGAGGAAAACGAGCGAAAAGAACGCCAGCUGCAAAAACGAAGAGUGGUAAAUAAGAUUAAUUUUAUUUAUGUAUAAAAUAGCUGUUAAAAAUAUGAUUCAAGGAGGUCGACCAUAGAAAUGAUGAUUUUAUUAUUAUAUAAAUGUAUAUUACACUGGGUUGAAAGGAGUAGAAUUUGUUCAUUCUAUGGUCUCAGCAGUAUGACUAAGACACGUUUAAACUUAGGUGAAUUCACUAAAGAAAAAAAUUUUUUUAAGCGAAAAAGAAAGAGGAAAAAGCUAUAGAAACGCUCAUAUUAAAAUUAUACAAUAUGUUUGCUUAGUGUGUUCAUGAGCGUUUAUUAUAGCCCCCAAAAUGAACUUACCAUAAUCUAACAAUUUUCUUAUAACACUUGAAUGUUUGAUUUUAUUUUUAGUAAUUUUAUUAUGUCAAUUUGUUACAAUUUUUAUUCAACAUACUGUGUAAAAAUAUUGAAAAAAAUCGUAGUUUGUAAGGCGACGUAAACAUGUCUAUCGCUAGACCUCUUUUAUAUUAUUUUUUCUGAUUUAUAUUUUAAUAUUACUUGCUUGUAUCGUCGAAUAAGUGGAAUUCGGCAAGAUAUUUAAAUAAAUUUUUUUUUGUAAUAAGACAA